CAGUGGAAUUUGAACUCAGAAAAUGGGCGAAAUAACACUAAGCAUAUUUAACCAACGUGCUAACGAUUGUGCUAGCUCGCUGCCUCGUAAACAUUGAGAAAUGUUUAUGUUUACCUUAAGGUACAAAAUAUUACAAUCGUAUUAACAAGUCAGUUCCUUUUUCUAUGAUCUACCUUGAUGAAAUUCAAUAUUUACAACAACACUAAUUGUUUUAAGUAAAUAUGAAAUAACGUUCACGUACGUAUAAAAGUAGUGCAGUAUAAACAUAUGAAAUAAUUGAUUUUGAAUAUUUGUUCACGCCUACAUUUAGAAGGACAAGUUAUGUGCAAACAACAGAAGCCCCAGGUGAUUCAUUAUCGUACAAAUUAUGAGAUGUAAUAUUAAUGUCUCUCACAGCUAAGUUACUGGUGUAAAUAAAUUUGGAAAUGAAAAACAACUCAGUAUUCCGUUUCGAGUCUUUAGUGUAUAAGUUAGUUUCAACUGAUAUAGGGUAUCGGGUCAGGAUAUCCUAUAUAAUCUCAAACGUUGUCAAUAAUAUAUUAAAUUUCCGCCAAUGCCCGUAAGAUUCGUCACAAACCGAACAGCUGCGUUGAUUUCUAAUUGCCAACGUGGGUCAAUUAUUUUUGAUUGAGAAAAAUCGAUGUACGCUGCCAAACCUCCAGACACACACACAUAUAUAUUAUAUAUAUGUAUUGCGAAAGAAAUCGAAGCUAACUUACAAUUUAAAAAACACUAUAACGUCAAUAUGAAAAUUAUGCACGAAACUAAUUAAGUUAUUUCCAGUUAGUUACUAUAAACAUUUGUUAAUAUAAUUUCAAACUGUUAUUUUUUGCUUUUUUUUUGCUCCUUUUUUAAAAUUAGUGAUGCUUCGGAUUUGGUUAAAAAGAAGAGUGAACGUUAGAUUAUUGUUAACUUUUAUCUUUGUCGUACUUUUUGUUUAUGUGUACUGGAACUUUUUCCAAUUAAGAGAUGAUGAGAUAAUCAUAUACCGAAAAAAGCGUUAUGAAACUUAUCAGAAAAAUGAACCUCAUCGAAAAGGUCCUGGAGAACAAGGGUUACGUGUCGUACUGGAAGUAGAUGAGGCUAAACAAAAAGAAGUUUUCGCAAAAGAAGCUUUUAAUCUAAUUGCAAGUGAUACUAUAGCUCUGGACCGAAGUCUGCGGGAUAUACGUGAUGAAAGAUGCAAAAGUAUUUGGUACCCUAAAAACCUUCCUUCUGCCAGUGUGAUAAUCAUCUAUUACAACGAACCAUUUUCUCCUCUUGUUAGAACUGUUCAUAGUGUUAUAAAUAGGUCCCCACCUGAAUAUUUAAAAGAAGUUAUUUUAGUUGAUGAUAGCAGUACAAAAGAAGAACUUGGCAGCAAAUUGAAACAAUACAUUUAUGAAACUUGGCCUGAUAACAUUGUUAGAAUUGUACGUACCAAUGAACGCUCAGGUUUAAUUCGAGCUAGAAUUGCAGGAGCUAAAGCUGCCGUUGGUGAUGUUCUUAUUUUUCUUGAUGCACAUUGUGAAGCCAGCCCUGGUUGGAUAGAGCCACUGCUUUCACAGAUUCAAACCAAUUCCACUACUGUAGUCUGUCCAGAAAUAGACAAUAUAAAUUAUGCUACCAUGUCAUAUGAGCAUACUGGUAAUUUUGUUGUUGGAGGGUUUUGGUGGAAUUUACUCUUUACUUGGCAAAGAAUUCCUGGAUAUCAAAAUUCUGAUGUGAAACCUGUUAGGCUUGUCCCACUUUUAGCACAAAUCCAUAAGGACCAUACCAAAGUGCUAUGCCCCAUGAUUGAUGUCAUUGAUAACAAGGAUCUUGGAUAUUCUAAUAGUAAUGGAGUUGCAGUUGGUGGCUUUAGCUGGUCCUUACAUUUCACUUGGGAGCCAGUAUCACAGCUUCUUGUUGAGCCUUUUAGAUCACCAACAAUGGCUGGUGGGCUGUUUGCAGUUAAUCGUCAGUUUUUCUUUGAUAUUGGAACUUAUGAUCCUGGUAUGGAAAUCUGGGGUGGAGAAAAUUUGGAACUGUCAUUCAGAGUCUGGAUGUGUGGAGGUAGUCUUGAAUUUGUUCCAUGUUCCAGGGUUGGUCACAUAUUCAGAGCAGCACAUCCAUAUGGAUUCCCAAGUAAAAAGGAUUAUCAUGGUAUUAACUCAAUGCGUUUAGCUGAAGUGUGGAUGGAUGAAUACCGACGAUUAUUCUACAUGCAUAGGCAUGAUCUUCUAGGAAAAGACUGUGGUGAUCUGUCUGAACGUAAAGCACUAAGACAAAAUUUAAAAUGCAAAAGCUUUAAAUGGUAUUUAGAGAAUGUAUAUCCUACAAAAUUCAUUCCUGAUGAAAACGUUUAUGCUUGGGGUAUGGUUCGUAACCCAGCUUCCAACUUAUGCCUUGACACACUUGGUCAAAAUGAAAACGUUGAUAUCAAUGUAGCUGUUUUCGCAUGUCAGAAUGGUAUCAGUAUGAGUCAGAUUUUCUCUUUAAGUUUAAAAAAUGAACUUCGGAGGGAGACUGGGUGUCUUCAAAUUUUCCAGACUGGAGAUAAGCCUACCCUGCACACGUGUGAUGGUGAGAAAAAAGCUCAAGAAUGGAAAUACUUUAAGAAUAAUGGAACAUUGGUUCAUGUAAUGACUGGAGCAUGUCUUCACAGUACAAAAGCUGGGGAAUCUGUUUCUACACAAAAGUGCUCUAAAUCAGAUAGCCAAAAGUGGAAUUUUGAACAUUAUCUCACUUGAAGUGAGAAACAAAAUUAUUACACAUUUAUUAUUUAAAGAGAGAAAAAAAGAACCUAAGCUAGCACAGGAUUUUUUUUUUUUAUGGGUUAUUCAAAGGAGGAAAUGUGUAAGUUAUUUUCUUGGUGGAGAUCAAAUUGAAUGUUAUAUUCCUAACAUUCUAUGAAGAUUAUUAUUAAUACACUAAUAUUAAUUAAAUCUUAAAAACAUGGUUUGAAGCAAUUUGGGGGUUAAGAACACUUGUUAAGUAUUGUUUGAUAAUACUUGGGUUUUUUUUUUUCUCAUUCAUUCUUUACAUCUUUAAUGAUAAUAAUAAGAGCAACAACAACAAUAAUUAUAAUGGAACAUGUAUUGUUUAAAUCAUUAUUAUGGUGAACCUACAGUAAAUUAUAAUCACUCUCAGUCAUACAUGCACAUUUCAUUUUUGUUUUGAACUGAUUUCACAAAUAAAACAUUUCCAUCCUU